CUUUUCGGGAAAAGCGGCGCCAAGAUGGCGGCUCCCAUACUCAAAUGGAAGCGCGUAACCAACUCGAGCGGGCCGGUCCCCCGUCCUCGCCAUGGCCACCGCGCUGUCUCCAUCAAAGAGCUGAUGGUUGUUUUCGGCGGGGGCAACGAAGGGAUCGUGGACGAGCUGCAUGUUUACAAUUCAGGUACCAACAAGCAACCAAUCAGUGGUUCAUCCCAGCGGUGAGGGGGGACAUUCCGGCAGGCUGUGCGGCUUACGGAUUCGUAUGUGAUGGUACUCGACUGUUGGUGUUCGGUGGCAUGGUGGAGUAUGGAAAGUACAGCAAUGAGCUCUAUGAGCUGCAGGCUAGCAGAUGGGAAUGGAAAAAGUUGAAAGCCAAAGCUCCCAAAAAUGGUCCCCCACCAUGUGCUCGUCUUGGACAUUGCUUUUCUGUAAUUGACAAUAAAUGUUAUUUAUUUGGGGGAUUAGCUAAUGACAGUGAAGAUCCAAAAAACAAUAUUCCGCGGUAUUUGAAUGACCUGUAUAUAUUGGAACUGAAGCCAGGGUCGGGGGUUGUGGGAUGGGACAUACCGGUCACCUAUGGCUCACCACCGCCACCCAGAGAGUCUCACACGGCAGUCGUGUAUCGCAACAAAGACAAUAAAAAACCAAAGCUUGUCAUCUAUGGUGGAAUGAGUGGCUGUCGACUUGGAGAUCUGUGGAUACUGGAUAUUGAGACCUUAACAUGGAAUAAACCAGAAGUUGCUGGAGUUCCACCACUGCCCCGAAGCCUACACUCUGCUACGAUGAUUGGGAGCAGAAUGUAUGUUUUCGGUGGCUGGGUCCCCCUUGUGCUGGAAGAUGUCAAAGCUCCUACGCAUGAGAAAGAGUGGAAAUGCACAAAUACUCUAGCAUGCCUGGAUCUGGAAACAAUGACUUGGACGCAGAUCUCCACAGAAUCAUUUGAAGACAACAUUCCUCGUGCAAGAGCUGGUCACUGUUCAGUUUCCAUAAGUACACGGCUUUAUGUGUGGAGUGGCCGAGAUGGCUACAGGAAAGCUUGGAACAAUCAAGUCUGUUGUAAGGAUCUGUGGUAUCUUGAAACGGAAAAGCCUCCUGCUCCUGGCAAAGUCCAACUGGUUCGAGCAAGUACCAACUCACUUGAGGUUAGCUGGGGGUUGGUCGCCACUGCCGACAGCUACUUGCUUCAGCUUCAGAAAUAUGAUGUUCCAACGGUCACUACUGCUGUUACUCCUUUGCCAACCUCUGCGGUUACGGGCAUCCGGCCAUCCUGCAGUCCCGCUCCUACAGCAGCAUCAGUAUCACCUUCUCCAGUGCAGUCAGGAGUCCGCUUUGUUACACAGACGACCCCUGCUGUGGGAACCCAGGCUGCAUCCCUAACCACCAGUGCAACGUCACCUUCUGUAGUUCAGAUUCCUACUGCUGUAGCUUCUCCACGUGGGCCAGCCUCACCAAUGAUCAGAGCGACGACAGGGCAGCCAGUGGUUGCGUCAGCAGGUUCAACGACACCCCUCAUCACUGUGCAACGACAAGCCACACCUCAGAGCAAAACACCUAUCACUAUGGCAGCCCUUCCACCAGGUGUUCGCAUGGUGAUGCCAGCACAGACCACAGCAGGGACUCCUCUCACCUCCAGUCCACAGAUGAGUGGAAUGGCAGCUUUAGCUGCAGCAGCUGCCGCUACUCAGAAGAUUCCUUCCAGCACAGCGGUUACCUCAGUUGGACUUCAUCCUAGCACAACAGUGGUAAAAACAAUGGCCAUUGCUCCUGGAGUCAGUACACUGGCAAGUACUGUGAAGGUAGCCGCUCCAUCAGUCAUGGUCAACACUCCAGCAACCUCAAUGCUGAAGACAGCUGCUGCCCAGUUAGUGACACCCACUCAUGCUGCCACUUCCGCUGCUUCAGCUCGACCCAUUAUCACAGUGCACAAAUCGGGAACAGUCACUGUGGCUCAGCAGGCACAAGUGGUGACCACCGUGGUGGGUGGAGUCACAAAAACCAUUACACUAGUCAAGAGCCCUAUUUCCAUGGCAGGAGGAAGCACAUUGAUUUCCAACCUUGGAAAAGUACUAACCCUGCAGGCUAAACCAGGGCAGCAGGCCACCAUCUCAGCCCCAGCCUCCACUGGGCCACUCACGCAGAUCUUCCAGACCAAAGGUCAACUGCCUCCGGGAGCUACCAUUUUGAAACUUGUUACUUCAGCAGAUGGGAAGCCUGCCACCAUCAUCACCACCUCACAGGCUGGAAAUGUGGGCCUUAAGCAGACUUUCGUCAGCCUCAGCAAUGUGUCACCUGCCUCUUCAAAACCAGCAACCACUAUUCUCAAAACCAUCCCUAUGUCUGCACUUAUUUCACAGCCUGGAAGUACAGGUGUCACAGGAAGUCCUGGUAUGAAAUCCCCAAUUACCAUCAUCACCACAAAAGUAAUGACCUCUGGAACUGGAACACCAACGAAAUUUAUCACUGCUGUACCCAAACUGCAGACGGGGCAACAGGGACUUACCCAGGUAUUGCUGAAAGGUGCUGCAGGACAGCCUGGCACUAUCCUGCGGACAUUAUCUGGGACACCAGUUACUGGAGUCAGAUUGAUCACUCCAGUAACUGUUUCUGCUGCCAAACCAGCACUUACAACUUUAGUAGUGAAAGGGACCACAGGUGCAAGUACGCUGGGGACAAUAGCAGGUACGACACUCGCAGGAGUGUCCACCGUUUCACCAACGCUCAACACUCCCAUUGCCACUCUCGGUACCAUCGCCAACCUUACCGGCCAGAUAAUCAGUGCUUCCCCUAACACCACUCAGAAACUUACUGCUGUAACUGGAACUACUUCCACAGCCCCCAUCAUCACCAUUCAGCCUGUGUCUGAGCCAAACCGUGUCACAAUUGUUGCCUCCCCUGGUGGCAUGGUUGCACAGCAAGCACAGCAGCUUGUGAAUUCAGGAUCUGCUUUGGUCACGGCACCUCAAGUCGCUACUGUGAAUUCAGAAACUCAGACCCACAGGCUGGAGUUUGUUGAAAUGCCAGUCAGAUGUUCAAAUCCUCCCCACGAGACGUCAGAAACCAACACCACCAACACAUCUACAACUACCACAGCAAACAUUGCAGCAAACCAAGUCCAGCCACCUGCCAUGAAUGCGCAAGGUAUUCCUGAAAGUGUGCAUGGUGAAACAGCAACAGCAGGGACAACAAACACUGCAACCACUGCAUCUACAGCUCCGAGUGGGGCAGUUACCAUGGUAACACAGUCCACACCUGCUCCUGGACCUUCGACACAGGCAGCCCCAUCAACUGAAGGACAAUCUAAUAGCAUUGAGCAAGGUUCUGUGUCUACAGUGGGACAGAAUAUUGUACAGAUUCUACCUGUCGGCUCCACUGGCGUUGGUGCCACAAUAGCGGUUAGGGUCUCCAGCACCACAAACCAAGAAACAGCAACAGCCACCUUGGCACAGGCAUUGAAUCCUCAACCUAGCGUCGGGCUGCAGCAAGAUCAGCUCCUCCCUCCACGAGAGCUGUUGGCUGAUAGCCGGCCAGAGACCCUUGCUGAGCUGGGUCUGUCUCCUGAGGAACUAGCUGUAGCAGCUGCUGCUGAGGAGGCAGCCCGUUUCGCAGCACUGGAGGAAGAAGCUAAGGCAACGACAGUGGCGCAAACAUCACUCGUCUCUAAAGGGGCUGCCACAGCAGCAAGGGAAGAGACCAUGGAUACCUCAGCAGUGGAGUUAGCAACAAUGCAACCAGCACAGCUGUCACAGCAGGCACUGCAGACAUUGGUGUCUCUGCAGUCCGUUGUACCAUUAGCUGAACUUGCGCAGCAGGACAUAGAAAGAGCACGCCAGCAACAAGCAGCAGAAAGCAACCAGCCCUCCCGACCAGCAGAGGCUCUAGCUCCAGCCGAUAGUCUCAAUGAUUCUACCUCUGAGACCAAUGGGCCACAGGAACUACCCAGUACAGUUUCAAGUGUUCAGUUACCUAUUCUGAAGACCACAGGAUUGACACCAUACACUUCUCUCCUGACGUCAACAACCAACCAAAACUCAAGUCCAAUGAAAACACAGGCAGCUACAGCUUUAGCCCAAGUCGCCAAUGGAAUUGGCCAACCUGCAUCGAAACAUGAUGCAUCUCCUAAUACCCAGCCAAAACCAACAACCAGGAAGGAACCCAAUCAGUGGUAUGAUGUUGGUGUAUUCAAGUUGCUGAGCACAGUGGUGGUUUCCUAUUUCCUGCCUGCAGAGGGCUCCCAAGGAGAAGAGGAUGGCAGCGGGGAUAACAUCCCUGACCACAGCAAUCUAAAGACUGUGAAACUGGAUCCAGGCACUGCCUAUAAAUUCAGAGUUGCUGGCAUAAAUGCUUGUGGACGGGGCCCAUUCAGUGAAGUCUCAGCUUUUAAGACCUGCAUGCCAGGAUUCCCAGGUGCACCAUCUGCCAUCAAGAUCAGCAAGGUUGCUGAAGGUGCACAGCUCUCCUGGGAACCUCCUGCUGUUACUUCUGGCACCAUCAUUGAAUACUCCGUAUAUCUGGCACUUCCAGGGUCACAGGCCGCAGAUCCCAAACCUGCAGGGACUUCCCAUCUGCUCUUUGUCCGUGUUUACUGUGGGCCUGUACCCAGCUGUCUUGUGUCUUCUUCAAACCUAGCAAAUGCACACAUCGAUACAACCACAAAGCCUGCUAUAAUCUUUAGGAUAGCAGCCAAGAAUGAGAAGGGAUAUGGGCCAGCCACUCAGGUCAGGUGGCUACAAGAUACCAGCAAAGAUGGGUCAAGACCCGCAACUAAGCGAUCUGGUGCAUCCUCUGAUGACAAGCUAAUAAGCGUGAACAAGAAGCCAAGAGGAGAUGGACCCUAAAUUCCACAUGCAUUGUGAACUUGCGCCUUUUUAUUUUAAAUAACCAAGAACUUGACUAGAUUAAGAACCUACCUUGGUAUAUUGGCACACCGCCCAGCAGAAGGAUUUUGCUUCAAAAGAACCAAGUCCUUACUUUUAUUAUUGCUCGUUUUAAGAGGACAAGAAUCUCAUUUGAAAGGACCUGCAGUGAACUGAUGGUAUUAUUUGAAGGAAAGGCACCCUGUUGUAUUGAAGUGUAUUUACCUGCCAAAUGAUCCAAAUCGCCAAACAUAUUUUAUUGAAGUUUCUCAUCAGAGUACUCUAUUUUCAAAAUCUAUAACUGUCUAGUUUUUCCUCACCAUCCCACAACCAUUUUUCAAAGCAGCAAUAAUUUCUUCCAGCAUGUCACAUGACUGUCUAUAACUCAUUUUUCUUUGGCAACCUGAAAAUCCUGAGACCAGAAUGUACAUACAGCGUUAUCAACAAUCUUGCAGUCUUUAACACGAAUAGUCAUUUAGAACUCCAAAUGACCAUUUCUCUUUAGUAGAUCUAAUGCAGGAUUGAAGAUUACCAGCUUUUUAGCUUUGCAGAGGAACGUUGUCUCUCCCUUCCCCUCUCCUUUUUCUGCCCCCCCCCCCCCAACCAACUCCCAAACUCUUAACCCUUGAAUCCUUAACAAAAACAUUUUCUAAUCGAUAUCGUCACUCUAUUUCGACACCCAACUUCGUGCUUCAGCUGUCUCCUGCUUACACCUCUGUGUGCGCAUGCAUGCAUAUGCUCUUCUAUUACACUUGUUGGAAGGAAAUGUGAAUAUCUUAGUGUUUAUGGUUUGACACUGCCACAGGACAACUUUGUCACAGGUUUACACGAAAGAAAACUGCAGUGUUUGCUGCUCUUCAGGAGCAGAAGUUCGUGUUUUAGAAUGAGUUCAAGUUUUAUAUUCAGUUGGGGUUGAGAGAAGAGGCUUUAACUCUGACCAAAGACACAAUGAAUUUUGGUUUGGGUUUUUGGAGAAGAAACAAGGUUUUGUGGUUUCUAACAUGUACAGUUCUAAGAUUGUCUGGGGUUGUAUCUGUUCCCCUGUAUGUCUUUGGAGAGUGUGCAGGUGCAUAUGAGAUGAUGUUCUGAUGCUAAAUCAAUAACUUGUACCAUCCUGGAGUGCUGGAGAAAAGCAUAGCACACAUUUGUGUGUCAAGCCAUCCCUGAUGUUGUUCUCAGCCCUUAUUUGAAGAUGCUGUCUUGUUCAGAAUCUUAGUUCUCUGCACCUUCCCCCACAGUUCUAGCUGGAUUGUAAUGUGAACGGUACGAGAUUGGUUAUGGAAGGUGGCUAGACAGGUGAAACCAACUUCUCUGCUUUAUUGUUGUGCAGCCAUUCCACAACAAAAUAAAGCACAUUGCAACUGGAUCUUUGUAGACAACUGAAGCAGUCUGUGGCAUUACUGUAUGGUUGUAUCUCACCUUUUCUUUGAUGUUUAGGGCUGUAACUCGCAUGCAUGUUCCCAUUAUCACAUCCCUGUUUUUAGAAUUAGCUUUGUGUGUGCAUCACAUACCGGUAGGUCAUGGUUGGGAAGGUUUGCAGGUUGGAUGGAUGGGUAUUCACACAACUUAUGUUUGGCACAGAGUCAGGUAAGAGGACCAGUAGAUCCAGUAUUCAUCUAAGAGACCUCUCCUGAGGUGAAUGAAUGUCACUGGGUGCUAGGUGGUUCCACAAACACUGUGGGGAACUUUGGCUGGCUUUGGUGAUCACCCAGCAAUAAGUGCUGGAGAGAUGUGUGCUGGAUCUGGUUGGACCGCUUUGGCUCCAGUAGCAUGCUUUGAUGAGCAAGUAGCCCAUAAAUAUUCGUUAUCUAGACUCGUGAAGAACAGCAACUAUUGGCAGCAAAUGUUUGAAACCAAAGCCAUGUCAGGGAAGCUUGGGGAGAAUGGAGGUGGGAGUGACUUUUUGUUUUAAAGCUUUCCUGUUCCAAUUUUCAGUAACCAAAUGUACUCAACCUCAUGUUCUUCCUGUCCAUACUGCCUGCUAAGCAUGCAGCACUGUCUUCUUUUUUCAAAUCCUUUCACGUGUGUGUUAGCUGGACAGAUUCUUUCCAAAUCAAUGUCUUGCGCUGUUGUCCCUCAGAUUUCUUUCUUGUUUUGAUGUCAGUACAUUAAAUGUCUCUCUGGCCUGCGUUGACAUGAUGCUCUUUGUUCAUCCCCUCAAAUAGCUUCCAUGUCCACUGAACAUGUACCCACUAGGUCUGUACUCUGUGUCAGUUUGCCCUACUGUGAUACAGUUACAGACCUGCACACACCACUACCAUAUACCAGUAUUAUAUGAUGACUGAUCUGUACCCUGACAUUGGUAAAUGAACAGAAUAUCUGGAUCAAUGCAAUGUAGAAGAGCGAUGUGUGAUUUGAAUAAGGGAACAUUUUGUUUCAAAUGAUAAAAAUUUCAUCUACCUAUUGUUACUCUAUACCAAAAUCCUGGGCAAUUUACUCAUAAGCUACAUUUGACUUCUAAUCAAAGCAGAAUUUUAAAGAUAUGUAUACGUAUAUUGAUAUGAGCCUCCAAGAUCAUUCCCUGUGAAAAUAUGAUCCGUUUGUUCUGAAAGCAAAUACUUGGGGCAAAACCGAAGAAAAAUCUUUUUACCUUUUUUGUCAAGCUCCUACAGCAGAACCCAGCAUAUUGGAAAUCUGAGUUGCUGCUAGAAUAAGAACCAGGCCCAGUUUUAAUAUUUUUGUUUCUUACUUGAUAAUUAUAAAUUCCAUUCAACCAUCCGGAUGAGCGUGGAUAAUGUUGUGGAGUUGGAGGGAUGGUGCGAAGAGUGCAGUCUUAUUCUCAGUCACGUACAGCCACUCUCAUUUCAUUCAGCACGAUACUUCGAACAACAUCUCCAGUGCAGUGUAAUAACUGCCAGGGUUUUAUUUGUCGGUGCAUGGAAACCUAAGAUUUUUAAAAGUACAAUAAUUGAUAACCUGCAUUUUAAAUAUAUAUAGUUUAUCAUUGUUCUGCGAGGAAGAAAAAUACUGAUGUUUUGUGUCAUUUUCUUUUAUUCCUUUACAAAACAAUUAUAUGUACAAUGUGUCUAUUUAAAUUUCAUGACUUUGGAAACUGUACAUAUACUUCAAUUUUCAAAAUCACUUCUAGAUGGAUCUCUUUCGGAUGUUCAUGUUCAAAGGGCAACCCCCUCCUCCAGGUCAUAUUGCCAGAAAUCUUUUGCUUAAGCUUUCAAAAAAUGUCCUAUAGUUUACCAUUUCUUUUGACAGGCAGGCCACUGAUAAGAUUGGAAGGGUUUUGGUUAUCUUGAGAGAGGUGUUCUCUCUAUACAGGGUAUGUCUUUAAAUGAUGCAAAAAAAAGGCCCAAGUUUGGCUCCAGUCAUUUUGUAAUAUUGUGUACAGCUUGGAUAGGAAGUGUGCUAAUGUGUUUUUUUUAAAAGGAAAGGGUUUUGUAUAGUUUUUACAUGUUUAAACUGGGCAGGGAGGGAGGUGGGGGGAAAUGCAGGUAGUUUAGAAUUCGCUGUUCAAAAGAUGAUAUUUCCCUCUUUCUCCCGCCCUGAAUUCUGUAUGUAGCUAUGUUUCCCCAUGCUGUGAAGUUGGUACCAUUUAUAUGUACUUCUCUGCUGCUUUCACCAGUUGUAAUGAAUUUAUAUUUUUUUGGAUUUAAAGCAAAACGUGGAAAAAAAAACAUUGUCCAUUGUAGAAAAGUCAAAUUAUAAAUCAUUUUGCUACCUUUUUGUGCUUUUUUUUUGAAUAAAACCUUUUUUGAAUAAAUUUUU